AUGGGGCAGGGGGCCGGGCGGGCGCUGUGCCUGUCGCUCUUCGACUACAAGACCGAGAAGUACGUCAUUGCCAAGAACAAGAAAGUGGGGAUUCUCUACCGAGCGCUCCAGCUGUCUAUUAUGGCCUACAUCGUGGGGUGGGUGUUUGUUGUCAAGAAAGGCUACCAAGACGUGGACACUUCCAUCCAGAGCUCUGUCAUCACCAAGCUGAAAGGCGUGGCCUUCACCAACACCUCAGAGCUGGGUGAACGCCUGUGGGAUGUUGCUGACUACGUCAUCCCCCCACAGGGCGAAAGCGUCUUCUUCGUAAUGACCAAUUUGAUCGUCACUCCAAACCAGCGCCAGGACACGUGUGCUGAGAGUCCUGGCAUACCGGAUGCUCUUUGUUAUCAGAACAGUGACUGUCCAGCGGGGGAAGUUGUGAUUUCUGGCAAUGGGGUCAAGACAGGACGCUGCUUGAAGAUUGGAGGCCAGAUAAGUGGGACAUGUGAAAUACUUGCUUGGUGUCCAGUAGAGAAGAAAGGCAAACCCAGAAAACUUCUUCUGGCAAAUGCGGAAAACUUCACCAUUUACAUCAAGAAUUCCAUUCGCUUUCCCAAGUUUAAAUUCUCAAAGACCAAUGUUCUGGACACGGAAGACAACACCUAUUUGAAAACUUGCCGCUACGGACCGGAGCAUCCUUAUUGCCCCAUAUUCCUUCUGGGGAACCUUGUCAGGUGGGCUGGGAGCAACUUUCAGGAAAUGGCAUCAGAGGGAGGUGUGAUAGGCAUUCAGAUUGAAUGGGACUGUGACCUUGAUAAAGCUGCCUCUGAAUGCAACCCUCACUAUUCUUUUAGCCGACUGGAUAACAAAUUUGCUGAGAAAUCCAUCUCGUCCGGCUACAACUUCAGAUUUGCCAAGUAUUAUAAGGAUGCGGCUGAUGUUGACUUCCGCACACUGAUCAAGGCGUAUGGAAUCCGCUUUGAUGUGAUGGUGAAUGGCAAGGCAGGAAAAUUCAACAUCAUUCCAACAGUUAUCAAUGUGGGAUCCGGUCUAGCACUCAUGGGUGCCGGAGCCUUCUUUUGCGAUCUGGUGCUCCUGUAUCUGAUCAAAAAGAGCAAUUUUUACCGAGGAAAAAAAUAUGAAGAAGUGAGAUCGAGCACAAGAAAGCCCUUGCCUGAAACGACGCUCAAUGGGAACCAGAGAGACGACUCUUUGUCCAGCAUGGACCAACUGAGACAAUUGCAGAAUACAGAGACCUAG